AGCACUGUAACUAUACAGUCCAGGGAGAGAAGGAAAGAUACAGAGAAGGAAAGUGUACAGAAAUAGGAUUGGAGACAGGGAAGUAUAAUAAUAGAGAAGGAUUGUAGAAACAGUAGAGGGAUAUGGUAUAGCAAGGGGGUGAGCAAAAUAUAACACAGUGUAGCAAAUAUAUAAAGACAGAAAAAUACACAGGAGGAGAGAGGGAGGAGAUGUUCACAGUGUAGGGAGACAAGGGAGAUAUACAGUGUAGAGAGACAGACAGAGUGUUGGGUAUCAACGGAUAUAUAGAGGGAGAGAUUGCACGGUGAUUUGAGAAGAAAAAGGAAGAGAGAGAAGGUGACGGAGGCCGCAGGGUUCGCCAUGGAGGCUGCUUGGAGUAGCUUCAUCUUCCCGACAGCUGCUGUGGAUCAGACGGCUGGUGUCCAGGCCGACCUCCUGCCCAUCCUGACCGCGACCUCCAUCUCUCAGGAUUCCAGUCACGCUCCCAGGGCAUCGGACGGCCCACUGCUGCCAGAGAGACCGAAGGAGCCGCAGCCGCAGGCCCGGACCCAGCCGGACAAGGCCAGGGCCAAGGGACCUUUCGUCUGCCCACUUUGCUCGAAGGAAUUCAAGAACAAUUACAAUUUGCGGCGACACCAGCGGACCCACUCCGGUGGGGGCCAGGGUCAGCUGCAGGCUGGCACUAACCCUAGCCCACCCACCAUGGUGCCCAUUGCCCUCCUGAGCAUGACCAUGGCUGGAGUAGGGGGCGGCCUGGGGUCGGCCGAAGCGGCUCCGCAGCCAGCCGGACCGUCCCCGUCUCCUGCUCGUCGGGUCCGGAAGGAACACAGCUGUGAGCUGUGUGGGAAGGCUUUUCGGGACAUCUACCACUUGAACCGCCACAAACUCUCGCACUCGGACGAGAAGCCCUUUGAGUGUCCCAUCUGCCAGCAGCGUUUCAAACGCAAGGAUCGCAUGUGCUACCACGUCCGCUCGCACGAGGGUGGUGUCAAUAAACCCUACCUGUGCAGUCACUGUGGGAAGGGCUUCUCCAGACCUGACCAUCUUAACAGCCACGUCAGGCAGGUCCAUUCUACAGAGAGACCCUUCAAAUGUGAGACCUGUGAAGCAGCUUUCGCCACGAAAGACCGCCUGCGAGCUCACAUGAUCCGACACGGGGAGAAGGUACCGUGCCACGUGUGUGGGAAGUUGUUAAGUGCUGCCUACAUCACAGACCAUAUGAAGGUUCACAGUGAGGGACCUAACCAUACGUGUGACAUCUGUAACAAAGGUUUCACCACGGUGGCGUACCUCCGGGUCCACGCGCGGAAACACCACGGCAUCAGUUUGCUACAGCCCUACCGCUUCGUGUGUGAACAGUGUGGCAUCUACUGUCACACCCAGGUGCAGCUGAACGGGCACAAGGGGACCCACGAGAGGCCAGCAGAAGCUGCGGCACUUGGCCUGAACUGUGCCUCCAACAACCAGCCCCAGCUCCUGCUGUGAAAAGGCAAGAAGGCUGGUUCCCACUCAGCGGGUUCUGGUGAUGUCUGUCCAUUCGCUGAAGAACUGAGUUCCAUUUCUCCCGGGACCAGCUGGGGUGGAGAAUGUGUCUUGUCCUGGAACUUGGCCCUGUUACACCGAACCUCAUCAACAACCUCCAAAUCUGCAGGACGACCGGAGGAGAGGGAGACAGAGCCUGAGAGACCGGCAGGGGGGGACAGAGAGAGCACAGGCAGAAGCUGGCCCGAUCAAGACUGAGGAGGGAGAGAGAGAGACAGAACAGGCGGAGAGAGAGUCAGAGAGGAAGACGACAGAUGGGGAGUUGCAGAUACCACGAGAGACAGACAGAGAAAGAGAAACAGAGUGAGAGACAUACAGAUAGAGAAAGACAGAGUGAGAGAGAGAAACAGAGUUGGAGAGAGUGCAGGGGUUGACGGAGACUGAACAGGGGAAGGUAGAGUUAGAGAUGAGAACAAGGCAGAGAGAGAGAGAGAUGGGAGGAAAAUAAGACUUCUGAUGUCUCUCUCUCUCCCUCCACGUCCUCCUUGUCCCCACCCACCAAAUAUAAACACAGGGAGGCCCUGCGUGGGGAUCUUGCUGCUUUCACCAGGUCCCUAGACAGACAGCCCUUUUGAAUGGGGGUGAUGGAGAACCCUAUGGCUGAGGCGUAGGGAGAUGUUUCUGAAUUUACAUCGCAGCCUCAGACUCGACAAGCCUGUGAAUCUGGGUUUUUAAUUCCACCCUCCACUGUCUGUAUUGGUCAGUUUGUGACUUUCGCCUUGUCAGCGCAACAGUGACGCUGCGUGUAGCAGGGAGCCUCCAGCAGCAUGUCUCUCCCAGGAGAUAGCACCAGCUCAUCCCCCCAAAAACACACCUGGCAUUGUCCUGUCGCAGCAGGGAGUCACUGCCGUGCCCCGGGGAGAGUUGGUGUUCCACAGGGAGCUGUGUCUCUCGGAUAUCAUACUGAUCUGUUGCUGUGCCAUGGGAGUCAGAAGCUGCUGCUGUUCUGAUGGACUGGGCCUUUCCCACUGGCCACUGCCAGUGUACAGUCCUCAAGGUCAGAAAUCACACAGCACCAGGUUCUAGUCCAACAGGUUUAUUUGAAACCACAAGCUUUCAGAGCCUCGCUCCUCCCUUCAGGCUGUCAGCGUUCUGACUGCUGAUCCUUGGGCUCUAAGAGGGAGGUGGGGAGAUUAGUUGAGUCUGAGCUCUAUAACACCAUCUCAUUUACUGUUCUGUUUUUAUCUGUGUGUGUGAGGAGGGGGUCGGCAGGGCUGGGUUGUACUGUGUGCGAGGGGGAGGGGGAGGGGAAGGUGUCGAUAAGGUUCCUCACACCAUUGCAUUCUGUAUUU